AUGGGUCAAAUUCUUUCGCAGCCCGAGACGGAAAAACACUCAGAAGUCGAUUCCGACAAAUACUUGGCGUACGGCUUGUCAUGUAUGCAAGGGUGGAGAAUCAACAUGGAGGAUGCCCAUGCCACAAUCUUAAACUUACACAAAGACAACGAGAACGAAGAGCACGUUGCUUUUUUCGGUGUCUACGACGGCCACGGAGGCGAGAAAUCCGCCAUCUUCACCGGGUUGCGCUUGCACGACUUAAUCCGUGCCACCGACGCCUUCAAAAAGAAGGACUACCCCAACGCCUUGAGAGACGGCUUUUUGCUGUGUGACCAAGCGAUCCUACAGGACGUUGAGACCCGCAACGACGACAGCGGAUGUGCGGCCACGUCCGCCAUUAUCACCCCGAGCCAAAUUAUAUGCGGCAAUGCCGGAGACUCGCGUACUGUGAUGUCCGUCAACGGUUUUGCCAAGGCGUUGUCAUAUGACCACAAGCCAUUUAACGAGGGCGAGAAAGCCAGAAUCACCGCUGGUGGCGGAUAUGUGGACGCCGGCAGAGUGAACGGCAACUUGGCAUUGUCUAGAGGCAUUGGUGAUUUCAUGUUCAAGAAAAACACCGAGUUGCCGGCCGAGGAACAGAUCGUCACAUGCUAUCCGGAUGUGAUCUCGCACGACAUCGACUUUGAGAAAGACGAGUUUGUCAUUUUGGCAUGUGACGGCAUCUGGGACUGUUUGUCUUCCCAGAGCUGUGUAGAAUGUGUCAGAAGAGGUAUCUACGAGAGAAAGCCCUUCGCGCAGAUCUGUGAGGAGAUUAUGGAGUUGUGCUGCGCACCAACAUCCGACGGAUCUGGAAUCGGUUGCGAUAACAUGUCCAUUCUCAUCGUGGCCUUGUUAGACCACGAGAACAACGAAACCCUUGACCAAUGGUACGACAAGAUCAUUGAGAAGGUCGACUUGCACACGGAGCAGAUGGAGGCCAUAAGGGGUAAGGAAGACGACGUCAACGCUUACCUCGAAGUGGAGUAUGGUCCCAUUUCUCCCGUCUACAACGACUUGUACAGGGACAUCUUCGGCGAGUACUACACCAUCGGACAACAGGGAAAUGGAGGUGAACACGCGAAGAGUGGCGGUGGGUAUUCGAUGUUCGGAAACAUGGGGUCGCGUAAUGGACCCAGUAACGAAGAAGACACCGACGAGGAUUUGACCACGCGCGGGAAGAGCAGUGAGGAAAACGAGCUCGACACCGGUGCCAUCUCCUUGCAAAAGUUAUUGUCCAGCAACAUGAUCACCAACGAAAAUGGCGUUAUCUACUUAGACACCUCGUCUGCUCAGUCCUUGUUGGCUUCAUUUGGGAUGGGCGCCAGCGGCCUGGAGGAAGGUGACGAGCAGGAUAGAGAGAGCGACGACUCCGUGCAUCAAAAACAUAUCGAGGAGGUCGACGAGGAAGAUGACUCUGAGGCUGCGUCAUAA